AUGCCUAAACGAUGGCUAUCAAGGACCGGCCGCCACAAUAAUACUCCUAUCAUUUCUUCACCCAAGCCUCCCAUCUUCCAUAAUAAUAUCGAUUUCGAUUUCGCCUUCACGGAUCUCCACUCCCAGCGAGCCGCCGAAGUCGCCAAUCUCUCCGCCCUACCCUCAGCUUCCCCUAACCAUGUUCGACCAACUACUUCAGGUGGUGUAAACGACCGACCGCGGAGGAAGCCCGAUAUCGACCUUCAUUUCAAACGACCGAAGACGUCAGAGGGCCCUUCAUCGCCGCCAUUGCAUAAGCCCGAGUCGACCAAACCUCGGUCCCAGUCCGAGGAAGACCUCAUUGGCGUUGCUAUUGGAAGUCCUGGACACCCACCAAUGGCUUUCUGCAACACCAAUGGCGAACAGAGCCCUCAUUUACCAGAACAUGUCUUUGGUCUACAAGGCCCGUUUCCGGAGCAAGCACGUCUUCAGCCCGCGAAGUGGAAGAAGCUAGGCAAUCUUUUUCGAGCCAAGCAGGGCUUCUCUAAGUCAAAGCAUUAUGAGGAGAUCGAUCGAGGGUAUGAUCCGGGCCCCAGACAUCAUUGGUAUAAACCUAGAGCGCACACGCCUGAGCCGAUUGGAGUUCCACCGUCAAUACGGAUCGACCGCGAGCAUACCGAGAAACUUCACGAAGGGAGCGAACCGAAGACAAUCCUCGACCUCGAGCCAUCGCCACCAGUUGGUCUGGUUUCUACCGGCAAGAACGGUGCAGACUAUCCACGUCAGCAGGCCUCGUUGCCGAAGCUCGACACCAGCGAGUCGGCCCUGCGCAGCCUGCCGUCUGCGAAUUCCUCUUCGUCUCUCCUUGCUCGUAGGAGCCGGACUCUCGAGAACCUCAAGUCGCAGAACCUGUCGAGACCAUCGACUGAAGACUCACGGAAUGACAAAGCACCCAAGUCGGCCGAUCGACCACGUUCAGCACGUCGUCAGAGUACUCCCACCUUAUCGUAUCCGCCACCAAUCACCGGGCCUAGGUCUUCCACACAUUCACCUGCCGUCAGCAAAUACUCGUUAUUCCCUCCUACACAAAACGGUAAAGUCAACAUAAAGUCUCCAACCGCAGGACGCCUUGGAAGAUCGAACACGUCGCCUGCUCGCCUCUCCCCAGCGUCAUCACGAUUUCCCGCGGCGGAUGUUUGUCCGGCCCAGCAACGUCGUGGGGUCGUCAAUCCGCUUACAGACGGCACAGGUGUAGCGGCAGUGUCUAGCCCGGAGGAGCACACUGCGUCAACGCAACGCACCGACAAAGAGCCCUGGAGUGCUGCGCACUCAACGAAAUCUUCUGCCUCCUCUUCGACGACAAUGGAAGAAUUUUUCUUCGACAUCAAAUCGUUCCGAGAUUCUCGUGGAGUAGACCAAGCCGGCCAGUUUGUCAUGACACGGCCCGAUUCUGUCCAGGUCUCCCUGGCUAGGACGCGGUCGAAGCUCAAUGCAGCAAGUCGGACAGACAAAAGGCCUGAAACCGAGACAGAAGCUGAAACCAAGGCGCCUGGAGCUCCUGAGUCAAGUAGGUCAACCAUAACGGCUAAUAGUACGCCAAACCCCAACGACAGCCGAUUCUCUGUUACCACUGCCAUCUUCGACGAAACGAUAGCAGCAGUUGAAGCCAUGUCGCUGCCAGCCUCUAUGAGGGACAAAGCCGCUGCCAUUGCGGCCCAACUGCCUAAUUCGAAACUCGCUCAUCCGCAUUCAGGUAGCAAUCAAUCCAACCAGAUCGGUGCUGAUCAGAUGGCGAGGGCACGAGCGAACACUCCUCCAAAGCACGCCGCCUCAACGAAGCUGCUUCCGCCCGACCCUGGAAUGCCCUCUUCGCAUGUCACAGCCCCCCGCAGAGGCUCGGAAAGCAGAGCGACACCUUCUCAGAUAGCCGAGGAUCCGGCACGCCAUACUGAGAGCGUCAACUUGUCCGCGGAAAGGGUUACGGUCGCUUCAAGAGGUAUCUCUCCGAACCCGUUGUCGUCCGUCGCUGAAGAUGAUGUUUCGUCGAAAGCAGCAGAACCCGCUAUUCGGAAGGAAGAUGCGGCUGUGAAGGCCGAGGAGAAGCACCAAAAGCCAUUGCCUGCAAAAUCCGAAGCGCUUGUGUCAAGGUACCGAGCUGAGUCUCCCGUUCACGUACAAUCGGCAGUCCCUGCCAUCGCUCCAUCGCAGAUGACACCCUUGUCUGCCACCUCGGUGUAUUCGCAGUCCUCCCAGAAGCUGCCUUUGUCCGCAACGCCCAAACCCCAGCCCGAACCCGUUAACAAAUUAGUCCAGGGGGCGGCGGCGAAAACUCGGCUUCAUGAUAGACCUAUCGAAGAGUCCCCUACUAUCCCACAGUCUCCAGGUCCUGGGAAACACAACCCGAACCGUUUCACACGCAAGGAAAGACCACCUCCAGUACCCGAGAAGGACUCGAAAUUCAUUCCUAUUUCGAGGUUUGCAUCGAAACGCACCGUUGAGAAGGUUGAACAAGUGGGCAUUAUUCCGAUGAGGAUGACUAGGUCAGCGACCGACAGCGCAGUUGUGUCACCGGCGCUCAGCCAAACGAGGGUUGGCGGCUACCGAAAGCCGGAACAAACCGCGGACGGCACCAGGAGACCACUGAGAAGCGAAACCCUGCCCAGUGCAAAUUCACCGAUGCUCUCGCAAACGGUGUACAAGCCAUCUCCAAACCUUGGGCAACCACAGGCUCAGGGUUCGCCCCAGGCAAGAGAGGGCAUAACUGUCGUGCAAGCGAAACCAGCCGCAGAAGUAUCUGUUGCACGGACUGUAAGCUUAUCCAGAAAGCAAAGCGCGCGGGUCAUGGUUCCAGGCCCGAAGCUGCAAGCUAGACGAGUCGAAGAAGAGGCCAAGCAGAAAAGCAAAGAACGAGUGGCCGCGCCGACGGGCCUGGGCCUAGUCAUGGGUGACCCGGCUCCCAUGCCAAGCCACAAGAAACAGAUCUCUGAAUCGUCGCUUGAUCGCGAUCGAAAGGGGCCCCUCAAUUCGAAUCCUAGCACCCCAGAGCAUGCCAUCGAAGAUCCUGUUGAGAUGGCAGAGCGUGAGAAGGCGCAGAAGGCCGCAAUUGUCGAAGCAGCCAAGGCACGCGCUCGUGCCAGGAGGGCUGAGUCGCAGAAUAGAGAACAGAAAGAGCAAGAAGCAAAGGACAAGGAGCGGAUUGGGAGCUAUCGUGAUAGCCAGGGCGAGGACGAGAAAGCCAGGUGGGAGAUCCUAGAGAAACGAGCGAUGAGUCCCCUCCUCGUUGAAGGUCAACGUGGGCAUAAGCCAGGCGUGAGUGUCAACGUUAUCCUGGAGACUGCAUGA